AUGCGCAUCAGAUACGCGAGCUUUAGUGCCUAUAUUUUUACAUUCGUAACCAAUACCGCUCAAGUAUAUGCUUGGGGCGCUGUCGGCCAUGAAAUGACAGCGACUAUUGCUCAAAUGUAUCUUCACCCAUCAGUCCUGCCUCAGAUAUGCGCCAUAGUAUAUCCUUAUACGCCUCCAAAGGAACCAUGUCACCUUGCACCCAUAGCUACGUGGGCUGACAGGGUGAGAGGUCUGCCGCAAUAUCGCUGGGCUUCAGGAUUCCACUACGUUGGUGGCAUUCACGAUUGGCCACCAAGCACGUGCAUGUUUGGACAGGAUGGAUGGGAAGGACGAGACGGGGUAAACGUCCUUGCUGGGAUCGCCAAUACUACAAGAAUCCUUCGUGACUAUACCGCAUCUGGUGUCAACCAAGAUGGCUUUGAGAGGGUAUCUGAGAGCCUCAAGUAUGUUAUUCACUUCCUUGGAGAUCUUCACCAGCCUCUGCAUUUGACAGCAAGGGAACGAGGAGGAAACGAGAUCAAAGUUCACUUCCAUCGAAGAAUGACGAACUUUCACUCGGUAUGGGACUCUCGCCUCAUAUCGAAUGGUAUUCUCUCCACCCCGAGUAAUUACUCAAGACCAUUGCCGUACCCAGCCGAUGGCAUCGAAGACAGCCUCAGAGGAACAAUUUACGAUCCAUAUAUCCGUUCAAUUGUCUGGGAAGGGUUGAUGCAAGAGUGGAAAGAUGACCUAGAGGAGUGGAUUUCGUGCCCUUCAGCACUGUCCAACCAGCACGUGGAUCAACUUCGCUUUGGGCAAGAAAGCGAUCCAGCUAGGUGGGACAAUGACUUUGUCUGCCCAUACCAUUGGGCAAAGCCCACCGCAGCGCUGAACUGCAAAGUCAUCUUCCCUCCUGAGCUCGAUUGGGCACCAGGCUCAAAUGAAACCCAUCAAGCAUACGAGCUGGAUACCCCAAAGUAUGCUGGAAAGAUUCGCAAACUUCGUAUCCUGGAGAAGCUUUUAGCACAGGGUGGCAUUCGGACUGCAGCCGUCUUGAACGGCUUGUUCGCUCCUGAGGAGGCAAGACGAUCUGGCCUUCCCCUAUAUAUCAACAACAUCAGUUUGUGA